AUGGCAUAUCUCCUCGUCGCCGGCGUUGUUCUUCUCCGACAGAAACUCCACGAACACAAAGAACUACAGCGCGAGAAGAAGAGACUAGCGUAUGAGGAGCGGUAUCGCGACUUGGCGCAUGAACAUGCCAGUAGGAUUGGCAGCCAUCAGCAACACGUUCUAGCCAAGCCAGGCAGUGGGCAUGCUGAGACCCGGCACGAGCUUUCCGCCGUCCUCAGUGGAAAUGGGCAGAGGCGGAAGAGUACGGACGACGGUGAGCGACGGGAAAGCGGGGACAUUCCCGCUCGAUGGGCUGAUGAGGUCGUCAAGGAGAGAACGCAAAUGAAUGUGUCACAGCCUUGUGCUUGCAAGUGA